AUGGAGAACCAGCCAACUUUGCUUCUACCUCCUGGGGCAAGAUUCAUCGCCUUAGGUGCAGCAGGGGCUGUAUUUGAAAAUGGCAAUGGAAUCGUCACCAAGAUCCCCAUUGCCAACGAUUUAAAAGGAUGUGAUGAAGCAACCAUCAAACAUAUACGACAUAUCGAAUACAUAUCAGAUCAAUGUAUCGCCCGGGAGAAGCUGAUAUAUCAAACGCUACCCAAGAAUCCAAAUAUCCUUGACUGCCUUGAAAUCACCGACAAAGGACUCUCUUUUCCAUAUCAUCAGUUUGGAGACCUUCGCACCUAUUUGUCUGAUCAUCAAGCCUCGCAACAUAUUCGAGAACGUUGGAUCAACAAUGCUAUCGAUGCUAUCGCUUUUAUCCAUAGCCAUGGCGUUGUCCAUGCUGAUAUCGGCCCACGAAACUUUCUUGUGGCUGAUGACUUAUCCCUUAAACUAUGCGAUUUUGCUGGUUCAAUAAUCAUCGGAGAUAAUAUGGAGCACUAUGUGGAGGAAGAGGACAGAUAUCGGUUAACACCAGGAUCGCCUCGGUCUUUUAAGACUGAUUUGUUUGCUUUAGGGUGUCUGAUUUAUGAGAUAUCAGGUGGUGUCCGCCCAUACGACGAUAUUGACGCUAAAGAGGUUGCUAGGUUAUAUGCUGGCAGAAGUUUCCCAAACCUGAAUGGCUUCAGAUACCACGAGCUGAUUUAUAAGUCCUGGAAUUCUGCAUACACAACAACGAGUCAGCUUCGAGAGGAUUUUCUUCGUCAGAAAGAGUCUAAUGCUAAAUGGAUCCCUGUCUCACGCCCCUUUGGGCGUCCUUUCAUGAUGUCAAUUCUUUAUACGAUCUGUUUUGGCUCUGUUGUCUUUUUGGCUUUUCAGAAGCGGAAUUUCAAAUGA